AAGCAUUAAAAAUAUAUGUUGUUUUUAACUGUUAAUGACGUCACGGCGCUAAAUGGCAGGAAAGUAGCGGUUUUGCUAACAUCUAAUCAAACAUGGAUGUGAAAAUGGACGAGCAAAUUUCACUCAAAAAUAUUGACGGCCUUCUCUUUCAGUUAGGUCAUCAGUCUCGAGAACUUUCUCAACAGAAGAAUACCAUUUGCCAACAAAUUCAAGUUUUCAGAGCUGACAUUGCUGAGAAGAAGUCUUAUUAUGAAACAAUGUGCGGAAACCUUAAGAAGCUUGAAGAGGAAGUCAGGGUAAAGCAGGGGACUUUAACCCAGACUAAAGAAAAUGCAAAGAGCAUGAAAGAAACUGCCAGCUUUCUUCUUCAGCAUGAGCAGACUCUGAGAGCUGAGCUGGAGAGCAGAAAAAGCAGCUACAACCAUGAUCAGGAGAUUUAUGAAGAGAGAAUUUCUGACUGCACAAAGAAGUUUAAAUCCUAUGAAGACGGCUAUUUCCAAAAUCCUCUGGCUCAAAAGCUCCUCAAGCUGCAGGCUGAAAAUGAGGAAAUUGAAUGUAGAAUCGUGGCAUGUGAUGAUCAAAUAACAAUGAAGGAAAAGGAGCUGGAGUUCCUCACAAGGCCGCCAGUGAACUCUGUUUCCUCUGGGAAAACAGCAGAGAGCCAGGAGCAGGAACAAGAAGAAGCUGAGUCAAAAGAGGGCGGGGAUCCUUCUCUUGACGUUUCAUCUCUCUGCAUAAACCAGAAAACCACUGAUCAAACUGAAGACUCAAAUGCAGAAAUGAUUGACCAGCAGGAGAAGGCCCAGAAUUCCCCGACAUGCCAUUCUCCUGAAGAGAAGGCUGAUAACCCUCUUUGGUCGGACGAUGUCCAUGACACAUCAGAUCCAGUUAGAUCUCCAAAGUCCAUUCAACCUGUGGAGAAUGACAUGAACUCUAAGGCAGAGGAAGAGGAAGCUCCUCAACAGGAUGAGGAGGAUCCUGCGUCUGAUUCACAAAACGAGAUGGAGAACCAAGCAGCUGAAGAUGAAGAAGAUCCACCGUGUGAUGAAGGAGAUCUGGCUGUUUUCCCUCAAGCUUCACCUGCAGAAUCCAAUCUCCAGGCCUUUCCAGAAAAUAUAGCACAUGCGCCACCUACCCCAACAUUUGCAUUUCACUUCAGCCCAACCAGAUCUCCAUGUCAGGGAGCAGCUGAAACGAAAUCUCCAGCUUUCCUGUUCUCUGUGAACUCCAACCCGAGCACACCGGGCUUCUCCGGAUUUGGCUUUGACUCCUCCCAGGAUGAGGAGUCCUCUUUUCCUUUUAGUGCGUCUUUUUUCAACGAGAAGAAAACCCCGGAGAAGGAUUCCAGCUGCCAAAAGUUCCUGUUUGAGCAGCCAGAGCAGAGCGGGGACUUCCAGUUUGCUUUUCCUGACAAGAGUCCCCAACCAGCAAGCAAGGACGCCAUGGGGGACGACUUUUCAUUUUCCUUCAACUUUUAGUAAAACACAGUGGAUAGAUAGACAUGUUUGGGUAAUGAAUCUGUUGAAACUAGUAGUUUGUUUGGCCGAAUGGCUGUUCUUACUAGUAAUUCAUUAAAAACAGCAGUGUCACAGUUGAAUAUCAUUUAUUGAAGAAACAAAUAUUAAUUCAUGCAUUAAAUUUAUUCAUAUAUUUGAUAGAUUUCCCUCUUGUUAGUACAGUAAUUACAUUGUAAACUGUCAUUUAUGAUUUGGUAGCCUGCAGAAUCUUUGUUUUCAUGAAUAAAAACAAAAUCGUA